AUGACCACCACUCGAGAGGAGGAAGAGCCCUCAUACAUUGAUUACGAAGCCUUUCUCGACCCUGGAUUCAGCCCGGCGUCAUUCGCAAACACCCUCGUGCUCGCGACUAACAAUCCCAACGAUGUGCCCCUAGAUCUCUCGACUCCUCUCUCAAGAGUCCUCUUCGACAUUCAGGAGAUUGACUCGCAUAUCGACCUCCUCACUACACGAUCUGCCAUUCCACUGCUUGCUCAUACCAAAGAGCAGACCGACGCCAGCGGUCGCAUCAUCAGCGAGAUCGACGGCCAGGUCAAAUCGUUGAACGACAGCUACAAACAGCUCGAGAAGGAGGUCACACAAAAGCAUGCAGAGGCGGAUGAGGUCCGGCAAGUUGCCUCGAGACUCUGGGAGACCCUGAAGCUCGGCCGAGCUGUCGGCAGAUGCUUACAGCUAGGGAGACAGCUCGAGCUUCAGCACGCAGAGCUUGCGCCUGGCACAAAGAAGGAAGACCAUAGGGCCCUCGUACGAUGCGCGCAUACGAUACUAUCACUACGAGAAUACUUCGAGGCUAAGGCACCAGGAGAGGAGGGACACGGUUUAGAUCGGGUGGACACCGUACGAACCCUCCAGGACAGCAUUGUCUUGCCGAUUGAGCGGUCUGUCCGCGAGACAUCUGAGCGCCUCAUCCGAGAGUUCUCAAUGGGGAGCGCCUCGGGAUCUGCAACAUUCGCUCAAUCAGAGGAGGCAAAAGCCAGGACUAUCUCGGCGCUCGUCACACUUUACCUGAUCUCGCCGACGGCACUGGCAAAAAAUGAGAAGUGGUCGCCGACUCUGAUGCUGCAGGCGCUAGAGGUAUAUCUGCGGACCGCCCUGCAGAGUAGCAUAGCGUCGCUCGCACGGUCUCUAGCAGCUUUGCCAACACUUGAACGCACACUCGCCGAGGUCAGUGCGAGGUGUCAGAACAUUAUCGCCCUUGAGAUUGUGCUGGAGUCUACCAAAGCGCCACCUCACCCGCUUGUCCCGUCACUGGCGGAGAGGAGCCCUGGAAACUUCCUGCAGCCUCUUCUGUCCUACCUUGAAACUGGAUCUCUACCCUCAUACUUCUGGCGCACAAUGGCGAGUAGCUUGUCGACAAGAGUGCAAGAAAUCAUGAACCGCGGCGGAGUAUCCGCUCGAACAUUACGGACGAACAAGAAUAAUGUUGGUGAUGCUAUCAAAGACUGCGUUCUGCGGGGUGUUCAGCCUCCAAGUGCCGUUGCUGCUGGUGCAAAGGCGAAGAGCGAAAAGGCUGGCGGAUGGGAGAGGGAGGUGGCAGUCAUGGUCGGGAGCGUAGUCGGCAAUCUAGGCCGAUAG